AUGGAAUCGGAAAAGAUAGAAAUAUGGAAAGCUUCAUUCCGGGAAAUUUACAAAAGAUCGCCAACUCGUGGAGAUUUUUCUGUGGCUCCAAAUGAUAUCAAAGCUCUGCUGAAAUCGAAAGAAAAAGUCAUGGAAAACACAGAAGAUAAACAAGUGAAGAGAGGCGUGAAACGGAGUAAUUUUGAGUCAAAAAUGAUGGAAGAUGAACAAUUCAGUCCUGUCAAAAAGCGAGUAAAAUAUCCUAAAUUAGACUUGGAACAAGAGGAAAACUCGCAGGUCCUCAGAACCUCACCUAGAAAGAAAAUCUUCCUAUUCGAAAAGUCCCCAACGAAGACCUUUUCCGAAAAAAGAGUUAUGUCACCAAGAAAGAAGCCAGUCGGCACGACUUCAUUCGAUUUUCACGACUUGUCACCUUUGAAGUCAUAUUCCGGAAGCGCCUCAAAAUCAUCAGUAAAGUGUACACUCACACCUAUCAAGUCACCAACUAAGCAACCGUACCAGAGACAAUUUUUGAAUACGGAUCUCGAAAUGCUACUUCUUCCAACCCCACAGAAAAGUGAAGAAGACGAGGAGUUAGCUGAAGCGUUCGAUGACGAAACAAAUGAAGAUGUCACAAAGUCACGAGCAUACAAACCAGUGGCCCGCAGGCUCGGCGGUUCAAAGAAAAGUGAUCAGAAUUUUCAGAAGAUUAAUCUUCGAAAGAAACAAUUUGUUCGUGGGAAAGUAACGGCCGAACAGAAACGAAAAAUGAAAAGGAAGCAAAUGUUCAGAAAGAAAUGA